UAGAGGGAUGUGAAAGAGGAGAGAGGUAAUGGUUGUACUCCCCCAUGGAGAGAUGAUAGAGGGAUGUGAAAGAGGAGAGAGGUAAUGGUUGUACUCCUCCAUGGAGAGAUGAUAGAGGGAUGUGAAAGAGGAGAGAGGUAAUGGUUGUACUCCCUCAUGGAGAGAUGAUAGAGGGAUGUGAAAGAGGAGAGAGGUAAUGGUUGUCUCACAGAGUCUAUUCACUCCUUCCCAUGAUGGCCAUUUCUAUAGACCAGGAAGAGUUGUGUUAAGACAGUGAAAUCAGAGCUACAAACAAUAUGGGAUAUAAACUAUGAAGUGAUUUGUAAACUUUCAAUGUAUUCCUCUGGGUGGCCUGUUGAGUUCUGUUGCUAGAUGGAGUUCUAUCAGCCUGGUGAGUUCUGUUCCUAGAUGGAGUUCUAUCAGCCUGGUGAGUUCUGUUGCUAGAUGGAGUUCUAUCAGCCUGGUGAGUUCUGUUCCUAGAUGGAGUUCUAUCAGCCUGGUGAGUUCUGUUCCUAGAUGGAGUUCUAUCAGCCUGGUGAGUUCUGUUCCUAGAUGGAGUUCUAUCAGCCUGGUGAGUUCUGUUCCUAGAUGGAGUUCUAUCAGCCUGGUGAGUUCUGUUCCUAGAUGGAGUUCUAUCAGCCUGGUGAGUUCUGUUCCUAGAUGGAGUUCUAUCAGCCUGUUGAGUUCUGUUCCUAGAUGGAGUUCUAUCAGCCUGGUGAGUUCUGUUCCUAGAUGGAGUUCUAUCAGCCUGGUGAGUUCUGUUGCUAGAUGGAGUUCUAUCAGCCUGGUGAGUUCUGUUGCUAGAUGGAGUUCUAUCAGCCUGGUGAGUUCUGUUCCUAGAUGGAGUUCUAUCAGCCUGGUGAGUUCUGUUCCUAGAUGGAGUUCUAUCAGCCUGGUGAGUUCUGUUGCUAGAUGGAGUUCUAUCAGCCUGGUGAGUUCUGUUCCUAGAUGGAGUUCUAUCAGCCUGGUGAGUUCUCUUCCUAGAUGGAGUUCUAUCAGAGUGGAUGAACUCUGUAUAUGGGUCACAGUGAGGUCAAUCACUUUGUACCUGAACACUUAUAGCAACAACAACCACAGCAGAGAAUUUGGCUGAGUCUACAGCUGUUGCAAUAGGCAGGCAGGCAGGCAGGCAGAUGUUGUUUACUAUGACAGUAAUAACCACACUGUAAUGUAAAGUAUUACCUCAUUCUCAAUGAUCAGUCAAUACAUACAGUAUUCAUUUCAACUACAGAACAUUGUAUCACUAUCAAAUCAAUAAUUAUAAUAUGUACUUCAUAGAAACUGUUAACCUUUAUAUAUUCUAACAACUCACAUUUGUUAGAUUUAUUCCAUAUUAAGGGCCCUAACCUAGGAACUAAAAUAUUAGUCUCCUUCUCGAUGUUACAUGCAGUUCUCUCUCUCCCUCCCUCUAACCCCUCCCUCUCUCACUCCCUUCCUCUAACCCCACCCCUCUGGCAGAACCAGGAAGUCCCUCCCCUUCGCAAACUAUUUUCUGAGGAAACGAAACUGAUCUGAGUCUCUGUGUUGUCUGUCUGUGUGAGAGUGAACAACUGUCCAAAUGGCUCAGCAGGGAGUUCUGCAGGACCAGGACCAGUUCUGUUGUUCUGUCUGUCUGGAUCUACUGAAGGAGCCGGUCACUACUGCCUGUGGACACAAUUACUGUAGAAUCUGUAUUGAGGGCUGCUGGGAUCAGGAUGUUCUGAAAGGGGUCUAUAGCUGUCCUCAGUGCAGAGAGACCUUCACUCCAAGGCCUAAUCUGAGGAAAAAUAACAUGUUGGCUGAUAUGGUGGAGAAACUGAAGAAGACAGGACUCCAGGCUGCUCCCCCUCCUGCUCUAUGCUAUGCUGGACCUGGAGAUGUGGCGUGUGAUGUCUGUACUGGGACCAGAAAGCAGAAAGCCCUCAUGUCCUGUCUGGCGUGUCUGGCCUCUUACUGUGAGACUCACCUCCAACCUCACUACGAAUCUCCUGCUUUCAAGAAGCACAAGCUGGUCAAAGCCACCACACAACUACAGGAGAAGAUCUGCUCUCAUCAUGACAAACUGCUGGAGGUUUACUGUCGUACCGAUCAGCAGUGUAUCUGUUAUCUGUGUACAAUGGAUGAACAUAAAGGCCAUGAUACAGUAUCAGCUGCAGCAGAGAGGACUGAGAAACAGAGGCAGCUGGGGAUGAGUCAGCAGAAGGUCCAGCAGAGAUUCCAGAAGAGAGAGAAGGAGCUGAAGGAGCUCCAACAGGCUGUGGAGUCUCUCAAGCGCUCUGCACAGGCAGCAGUGGAGGACAGUGAUCAGAUCUUUACUGAGCUGAUCCGCUCCAUUGAGAGAAGGAGCUCUGAGGUGAAGGAGCUGAUCAGAGCCCAAGAGAAGACUCAAGUGAGUGAAGCUGAAGGACUCCUGGAGCAACUGAAGCAGGAGAUAGCUGAGCUGAGGAAGAGAAGCACUGAGCUGGAGCAGCUCUCACACACAGAGGAUCACAUCCAUUUCCUCCAGAGUUAUCAGUCUCUCUCCAGUAUCAGUGUAUCUUCAGACUUACCCAGCAUCGUUGUCCGUCCUCUUCAGUAUUUUGGAGAUGUGAGUAAGACUGUGUCUGAACUGAGAGAGAAACUAGAAGACUUCCUUAAAGGAGAAUGGACCAAGAUCUCCACUACAGUGAAUAUAGUGGAGGUUGGACUGCCUCCAGAGCCCAAGACCAGAGAACAGUUGUUACAAUAUUCCUGUCAGCUCACACUGGACCCAAACACAGCACGCACACACCUCUCUCUGUCUGAAGGGAACAGAAAGGUGACCAGUACAGACCAAGUCCAACCAUAUCCUGACCAUCCAGACAGGUUCACCAACUGGUACCAGGUUCUGUGUAGAGAGGGUCUGUCUGGACGCUGUUACUGGGAGGUGGAGUGGACUAGGGACAGGGUUGAAACAGCAGUCUCAUAUAAAGACAUCAGCAGAACAGGGUCAGAUAGUGCAUUUGGAAACAAUAACAAGUCCUGGAGUUUACAGUGCUGUAGUGGUGGUUAUUGUUUCAUACACAAUAAUGUUGAGACUAAAGUAUCAGGCCCUCAGUCCUCCAGAGUAGGAGUGUACCUGGAUCACAAGGCAGGUACUCUGUCCUUCUACAGUGUCUCUGACACAAUGACCCUCCUCCACAGAGUCCAGACCACAUUCACUCAGCCCCUCUAUCCUGGGUUUAUGCUUACUGGUACUGCUGAGCUGGUUAAACUGUAGUAGGGUCCACAUAGAUACUAGUCAUGCUGGUGUAGUCUAUAGCUGAGCUGGUUAAACUGUAGUAGGGUCCACAUAGAUACUAGUC